ACCUCUGAGUCUUGCAAGCCGUAACUCACUCAGCAGAAAUCUCAGAUUAACCUCCAGUGAACACACCUGAUCAGGUGCUAUAGCCAGGAAAAAAAUGAGGGUGUAAUUGAAAAUGCUGUUGCGGCAAAGUUCUCCCUAGUACCAGAGGAGCAUGUGAAAAUCAAGCAUGGCGGAUCUGCCCCUGAAAUGUGUAGAAUGUCACAUGGUGUUCAAGUCACCAGCUCUUCUUGCCAAACAUCAGCAGAAAUUCUGUGUGGGUGGGAAAUUCGGGGACCCUCACGAUCUGCAAUUGCGGAAGGGGUUGAAGACGGACAAGAAAUAUACGUACAAAAAUAAACCUAUCAUUCCAGCUGCCAGGGCUGUCUCCCCUUACGAAGAGCCCAGGAGAGAUGCUCAAAUGUGGCUUAUGGCAGAGACUUAUGGGAAAAACAUGGCUAACCUGACUGCUCAGAGCCUUGAUCUGGAACGACAGAAAAAUGAUAUCAGACGACGGCUGAUGGAGCUGAAUAAUGAACCUUCUCAAACGUCACGAAUUCUGAACGACCUCAAACAACAUGAAGCAAAAACUCAACAGACCCUUGAGCAACUGAGGACACAGCUGAAUGGUAUAGAGGAGAAGGGAAAGAAGAAAACCCUGCCCCUCCCUGUGGUGUACAACACAGACAACAGUCUGGCAGGAGAAAUCAGAGCUUUGCGUCAGAAUUACCUGCAUCUGGGCGGAAAUGACCCAGGAAUUCUGUCACAGCUGGCAGACAUGAUCAGUGAGGCUCAGACGUUAGAUGAUAAAAAGAAGAGUGACAAACCGAAACCUCCUACAAAAGUGAAACCCCCAACUCUGUUCCCUGAGACUCAGGCUAUGGAGCUGGAGAAUGCCCGCUUACAGAGGGAGCUGCUACUCCUACAGGAGAAGAACGUCACAGACAGACUCCGGUACCCGCAGGACCAUCACCAUGGUGAACUAGAGAAGCAGGUAUCCAAGUUGGAACUGGAGCACAGUAGAAAGAUGGCUGAGUUACAUCUAGAGAUAGAGAGACUACGCCAGCAGGGGGAGCUGGAGAAAUACAAACGGGAGUUGGCAGAGGACUUUGCUCGUCACUCUGGACAUAAAGUACAACCUAUACAGGUUGUGAGUCCAGAGAAAGUUCCAGUCCAAUACGUCCCCCAGAAUCCCAUGGGACCAGUCCCGUAUGAAGUGAACCCACUGGGACCAGCCUCCUAUGACCCUCAUGAUUACUAUGGACACCCUUACCCAGGAUGCCGGGGUUUCGUGAUCUUCUACGACUUUGUCACGGGACUGUUGCCGAGGUCCUUGGCUGCCCGUCUGGUGGUGGGUCUGUAUGAUUCACAGGCCAGGGUAGGGGAUGCAGCCAUCUUACCCCCCGUGGAUGUGGAGGUCAGCUCUCUGUACAGAGAUCAUCACUAUGGUAACUGUGGGGCUGUGGUGGGAGCUAAACAGCCCGUCCCACGAUGUCAUGUUCAAGGUGACCUUGGAAUAGUGGUGGAACUGCAGCUGACCUCGCCGUCCGCUGUGACCUCUGAACGUAAUAGUCUGGUGCCGCAAGCUUGGACGAAGAUUAGUGUGUUCAAUGACUAUGGUCAGCUGACUACAGGCCGUUUUCAUAUCCAGUUCAGAGUUCUGCCCAUCAGCCCUCUGCUGUCCUUCAGAGACAUGGAAACACUGCCCAGGUUUGGGGAUGCUCAGUUGUAUUAUCGAAUUGCUCAUGCGCGUGAUGUGCUGACCGAGUCUAGGGCUCCUGUGGGUCUCCAGUAUGCCCCUUCCUACAGACCAGCUCCAGUGAACUGGCAGUCUGUAAGCAAAGUGAGUACACCCCCACCCCCGCCUUCAGCCACGCCCCCAAGCAGCCCAGGUACAGAGGCCAUCCCUCGUCCACAGAGGUGGACAUUCAUCUCAGUAUCUGGUGUCACUACCAUGUGCUACCCAUGUCACAAGUGGACGCUGUCUGAGUAUCUGGUGUCACUACCAUCUGCUACCCAUGUUACAAGUGGAUAUUUAUAUUUCUGUUUCCAUGGCAGCAGCCCUGACAGGCCUUCCAGUUCAGGCAGAACAAUUGGUUUCCAGGUGGAUCGAGUGAAGGGGGCAGAAUCAGGGCGGGGCAAGGUUAGAUUGACAGCUUACCACGCCUCCUCUGGCAAGGUGGUGCACUCCAGCACCAGCCCAGUCACUUGCGGCACCACCGCCGUCCGCUCUGACUUUAAGCACCGUUACCAUGUGUUCGGCCAGCAGGAGGCUACGUUUGCUGACGCAGACCUGAAGGGAGAUGUUGUCUUGAUCGCUCGCUUCUACCUCAUCCAUGAGGAUUACCAUGACAACACAAGGGCUUCUCAAUUUGAUGACGACAAGGCAACAGGGGAAACAUUGGUGGCCUGGGCGGCCAUGCCACUGGUCACCACCAACAAACCAGGUUCUCUGACUGACCGCUCCCGUUUAUCAUAUGACCCCAGCUUUCCUCAGGUAAAUACUGGUACCCACAGCUUACGGCUUUACCGUCCACCUGUCCCCAGCCCUGGGCAGGUGCCCCGAGACUCUACUCUGCAGCUGCGGGAAUGGGUGCGGUACUGGGAGGCUACUCUUCGCUUCCAUAUCUUCCAGGAAGUGGCACGGCCCGGGUCACUGACACCCAGCGAAGACUCAGACGAGGAGGAAGAGGGGCUCCCACAGGACGCAUGGUUGCCACUAGACAGGAAGGUUUCCCCAUCAGAGCCAUUCACAACGGGAGAUGGGUUUGACAUCUAUAUUGACGGCGGCAGAUUUUUGCCAGACUCUGUCACAUUCUCACGGGUGGCUGGCCGCAUAAUGGACAGGGCUUACACCAUCAGCGGUCAGGACAUGGUGACUGGGUUCAAGCUGGACAGUGAUAUUUACAACCCUGUGUACGAACACAAGGAGGAAAUUCGUGAUCCCGAUAUACCUGCCACUGCAACUCUUGUUCUCAAGUUGUACACAAUGGAUAAUUUCUACAAGGAGUUAACAUGCGUGGGGUACAGCCUCUUGAACAUCUUUGUGGAGAGCGGAACCGAAAGGCAGCCUACGGUGGACUCAGGUGUACAGGUGUCACUGAAUGAAGGCGCCCACCAGUUGCGACUGUACCAGCGAGGCCCUGAUGGGGACGAACCCGUCUCGGAACGUUGCUUGAGAGAAAGUCACACCCGUUAUAUCCCCGCUGCCUCCAUCCUUGUCCGGCUGGUGAAGGUGGUUAGAGGGAAGAAUGGCCGACCAUUAGAGUGUUCCAGGGUGCCAGAGUCAGACUGGGUAAGGUUAGGGCUGUGGCAGCCCCGCCCUGCCUACACUGACAGGAUCUACUACUCUGAGAAGUGUCGGCCAUCCCGGGGGGAGACUCAGCUCCUGUGUGCCCUGGCCCGACGACCAGUGGUCACUAUGAGACAGGUGGUCACUAGACUGGCUCUGUCACGGGACAUCUCACUGGACAAUGACAAGAGUCUGGCUCAGUAUAUACGUAAUCAGCUGACACGCGUGGCUGACAGCCGUCCCUUAGAUCAGGACCUGACCUUUAUAUCUACUUACAGCCCUGUGCAUGGACUUAAAGUAGCUGUGGAUGGUGCCUGUAACAUUCCCUGGUCAAACUUUAGCGAGGCCAGUGUGUGUUUGAACCCCCCUGGUGCUUUCUACAUGGAAGCCCACCUGGCUACUUACGACAAGCUGACCUUUGUGAAUGACCUUGAACUGUCCAGUACCACUACAGCUCCUGUCUGGAUGGAUGGAUUCAAGCACUUCCCUAACCGCUCUUUCCACAAGUAUUUGACAGUCAUCAUCCACAUACAAGAGGUCGGAGUGACCUUGGAGAAACAGAACUACAAGUACGGCUUGCUGGAUCAGGCGUGGACGGCAGUGCAGGUGUUCACAGACAACUAUGCGGUCUCCAGCGUGUUCCAGCUUCCACUGUUCAGAGGAGCACCUAAACCAGAAAUGCUGAGACAACUGGCUAAAGAGCCAUGUAAAGAUUGGCUGACGAGGAGUGUGGAAAAUAAGAAGAUUCAGUUACUGGAAGGUGCAUCAGUGUUUGUGCGACUGUGUGAUGGCAGACGGGACGAGGAAUUUCCAGAAAAUGUUCCUGAAUCAGGAAAGUUGGAGAUCAAUUUCGACUACAUCCCACCACAGCUGGAGGAGAGCUACAAUAAGAGAAUAGACGGCAAGACACUGGAAUCUCUUAUUCCUGCAGGGAAAAACCUUAGAGACUUUGCAAAAACCCUUGGUGUUAAAUUCAAAAGUCUCAUCUACAAACUUUAUGAGGAGGGUAAUUUGACAACUUAGGAGAUAUCCCAAGGCUGUGAUCUUGUGCGUGAUCUGUGUCAGUGUGAAUUUUAUUCCAAAAACCUAGAUGUAGUUAUACUUCGUAAACGCUGUGCUGUAGCAUUUACAAAUCAGCUCUCAGUCAGUCAAUCGUUCAGUCACAAAAGUACUGGGGGCCUACGUGACCGAGGUGGUUAAUGUGUCAGCAUGGUGCAAUAACGCAGAAGCCUCUUACCAGUGCGAUCCGUGUGAGUUCAAGACCAGCUUAUGCCGACCUCCUCUCCACCUGUACCAAGGGCAUUCUGCCAGCGGAUGGUCACAAGUUUCCACAGGGCUCUGCUCGGUCUCCUCCCACCACCAUGGUGGUGGUAUAAGUGAAUUAUUCUUGAGUACUGCAUAAAACACCAAUCAAAUACAUCAAGACAAAAGUACUGGGAUCAGUCCCACAAAGCCGUUAUUGACAUCAGCCAAAAUUGAAAACUGGUGGUUUUGAUUUUGGUAAAGAAAAUAGAAAUUGUAAUGGAUUUUUAACACACAUAUAACAUUUGUAAGUAAUGGUACUCAUAAUUUUAAGCUCUUUGUUCAGCAAUCACAAAUUGAAAUUGGUGAAAUUUUUGUGACAAAACCAAACAUUUUUUUUUCCUUUUUAAAUUCUUGACAACAAACAUGAAUGGAAGUAUAGGAAGAACUUGUACAAAUAUGCUUCAAACUGUAUUUAGCUACAGUAUUCUAUUUCCUGUCUUCGCUGUGAUUUGUA